GAGAAUGGCGCAUUGCCAAGCACAGGAGGGCAGAGCCAGCGCUGCAGCAACCAGGUCCCUGCCAGGAGCAUGACCCUGACUCCGAUGCCAUUGGGACAGGCAGAGGCAGGACGGAGCCAGAGGGAGCAGGUGCCAGGCGCUGCGGCAGCUUCACGGAGCCCCAUGGCAGGUGUCUGGUUCCUGUGGGUCUGCGGCCUCCUCUGCACCUGGGCCCUGGCAGUAGGACACCCCUGCCACGUUGGCAGCCAGGGCUGGGCUGACUGCAGCGGCAACAGCCUGCUCCGCGCUCCUGACGCUCUCCUCCGGAACAUCACCGGCCUGGACCUUUCCCGCAACUCCCUGGUGGUGCCCAAACAUGGGGCCCUGCUGAAUGGCUUCCCCGCCUUGCGCUCCCUCAACCUGUCUAGCAACCCUCUCUUCACGCUCUACCCAGCCACCUUCUCUGGCCUCGGGGCACUGCGCCUGCUGGACUUGAGCCACUGUGGCCUUGCCCACCUUCACCCUGCAGCCCUCCAGGGCCUAGGGAACCUGCACACGCUGCUCCUGUGGGGCAACUGGCUCCGGGCCCUGGAGGUGUCCAUGAUCCCAGCUCAUGGGGUCCUCUCGCACCUGGACCUGCGCAACAACCAGCUGGCCUAUGCUGCUGGCCCUGUCCUGCAGCGGAUGGGAGGAAUUCUGCGGGUCCAGCUGCAGGGCAACCCCUGGGCCUGCAACUGCUCUGCCUCUGUGCUCCAGCAGUGGCUGCUGCAGAGGCAAGCUGCGCAGGUCCUGUGCGCCUCACCCCCUGCACUCCGGGGCCAGGACAUCAAGACCCUGACCUCCCAGGACCUGGGCUGCAGGGGACAGCGGCGGCUCCCCCGCGCGGGGCCCUCGACUAGCACACAGCCGCUGCCCACGGCAGCUGGGAAUGACACAGCCACCACACCGCUGGUAGGGAAGGGGGGCAACAGCUGGCCAUACCUUGUUGGCUUCAUCCUGUGCGCCAUCGGCAUCUCUAUCCUGAUCGCACUGGCGGCCAAGUGCAAACUCUUCCACAAGAACUUUGCCAGCUACCGCCACCGACCGCUGCCCGAUACCAGCUCAGUGGUGAAUGGCCCGGCCGAGGAGAGUGCAGCCUGGGAGGAGAACCGGCCCGGGCCCAUCGGAAGGCUGCAGCCAGAGGAGGACGAUGGCUUCAUCGAGGAUAACUACAUCCAGCCCAGCGAGCAGCUGCAGGAAGAGGAGGACAUGGAGCUGCACUUCUCCCUCUGAAGCUGGGGUCUGCCCAGCUUCUCCUCUGCCCUCUGGGGCCAUAGCCUUCACCUUCUGCCCUCCCACUCCUCCUCCCAGGCUGGGGCCUUUGCCUCCUGCCUCCCCACCCAGACUCCCCUGCAUCCUUUGAGGCUGGGACUUCUGCCCUGCGGGCCCCUCCUCAUCCCAGAGGCUGUGGCAUCCCAGCACCCCCUCCUCACCAGCCCAUGCCCUUGUUCCUGCUUUGCUCCUCCUGUUUAAGUGGGGCCAGGAGACCUGGAAGAAGAUGGAGCCAAGAGGCACGCAAGGAAGGGGCUGCCUAGGCA